AUGGCUACCAGAAAAGAUUUAAUGAUUAGCAAGACAAAACAAGAACAACUAAAAAAUAAAUUUACAGAUAUCGAGACAAGUUUUUCCGCUAAUAUUUUAUACUGUAAUGAAGAAUUUCUUCCUCUUUCUAUAAUAUCCGAUGAUAGUCACAUUGGCAUUCAAGAAGACCCUUUUGACCCUGAUGAUAGUAAAGAUACAGAUUACGUGCCAGAAGAAGAUAUAAACAGUACAAAAUCUGAUGAAACAAUAUCUAUUGCUAAUAAUGUCAAUCUUCUGCCAAAAAAAAAUCUAGUUCUAUCCAACAUUGUGAAUUUGAAGAUUAAUAUUAUCAAUGAUAAAGACAUAGAACACUAUCUAGCACAGCUAGAAGAUGGUUGUCUGUCGGAAGAUGGAGUGGAGGCAGAAGAUUCUGAAGACGAUGACCCACCAAAUCCCCAUUAUACUAGGGAUGAACUUCUAAGUCUAUAUGAUAACAAUGGUGAUUAA